CGAGAUUAAUUAUUUAAAAGAAUGGCGAGAAUGAUUUAAUUUCAAUAAUUCUUAUAAUUUUUUUUUUACAAAAACAAAAUAAUCAUGAAGGAAAAAGAUUAAAGGCAAACUAGAUUUUAAUCCAAGGCUGAAUAAUGUGGAAUAUGUUAUAAUGCAAUUGAGAAUUAAGUAAAAGAUGUUUGAAGGUUUAGGGAAUUCUGGAUAGCUGCAAUCACCCUUUUUGUUCAGAUUGCAUUAAAAAAUGGUCAAACGUAUUUAACCAGUAUAAUAUUAGAUUGAAAACACAUGCCCACUAUGCAAAAAGAAAUUCACUUAAAUAGAAUCUAAGUGGAAUAGAGUAUAUUUUCAAAUUUAUACAGGUUCAUUACAAAAGUCAUAAGAUAUCAAAGCGAAAAUGUAAACAAAACAAGUAUAUGCUCUUCUAUUGUAGGAUUUAUGUUAAAGAUAAAAGCCAAUAACAAAAAGAAGAUCAAUUUAAUGUUUUACUUGAACUCUUAAUAGAGUUCAUUCUUGCUGAUAGUAUAAUUAUUAUUAAGCCUUAGUAAAUGAUUGAAAUGACUGAA